GCCGUUAAACUCCAAAGAAGAAGAAGACAACGGAAACCGAGUUUGUGCUGUUCAUCAGCUGAUACAACAACAUUUCACUAGACCACGGUCAAAAGGUUGUGUAGAUCGUAAAACAAAGAGGCACAGAGUUUGAAGAUGGGCCUUGAAAUACAUCCACAGAUGGCGUACCCCAGAACCCACAACCCAUUUGCAGAUGAUGAUGAGGAGGAGCAGCGCUGGUCAAGUGGGGGAUUUGACGACCCCCAAGAGAGGGGGAUGAGUGAGGCAGAGCGCAAGCAGAGAUGCCUCCAACAGGAAGUGAUGCGUACGGCCAAGUCUGCGGUGGUCAGCAGCCACCGCUCCCUGGGGCUCAUCUAUGAGUCGGAGAAGAUCGGCGCUGAGACUGCAGAGGAGCUGAUGCGUCAGGGGGAGGCUCUGAAGAGGACCGAGAGGAUGGUGGACAACAUGGGCCAAGACCUGAAAACCAGCCAGAAACACAUCAACAGCAUUAAAAGUGUGUGGGGAGGCCUUGUCACUUACUUUAAGGCCAAGCCUGAGACCACCAAGUCCCUGCCAGAAGAGCCUGUUGUCUACCAAGCCAGCAGCAAAUUGCAGAAUGCCAUGUCUCACAGUAAGGAGCAUGAAGGCAAGUACCAGGCCAGUCACCCCAACCUGAGGAAGUUGGACAGUGGAGGUUUUGAUGCAUUUGCAUCAGAUGACAGCUCAUCUGGUCAAAAUGGCUACCCUGCAAACAGACAGCUUAGAGCCGCCCACCAGACCCUAGACAACAACUUAGAUGAGAUGUCCCUGGGCCUGGGAAGGUUAAAGGACCUAGGACUGGGCCUCCAAUCUGAAAUUGAGAAUCAGGACACUUCUCUGGACAAUCUGCUGGGUAAAGUGGACAAGCUGGACCUCAAGAUCAACAACACCAACCAGCAGAUUAAAAACCUCAAAUAAUAAAUCCCAAACAUUCUGACUCAUGCAUUUUGUUUUACCAUAAACAUUAAGGUCAACAUGUUAUUCUGCUUUCUCAACAUACUUUGACUUUUGUUUUUGUACACGAUCAGAGACACCGGUCAACUCAACUCCCCCUUACCUGGGUUUCGCUACAAAGCAGCUCUCUGUGCACCAAGAUAUCUUAUUCCUCUCUGAUAGAGUACCAAUGUUAUUGAUACUCUAAUGAAUGAUGUUCAGUUCCUCAAACAGCUCCAUAUAAAUGCAUAGACCACCCUGUUCUUGACGAUUUAUGAUUUGUUAUCUUGUGAUUUUUUAUUUUUUUUUUUUUUUUUUUAGAAAGGAAGGAUCUGUGAGUAGGACCUGUGUAGUGGGUUUAAAGGGUAGUUGAGAUAAGUGUUAAUGGUAUGUUAUUGUUGCCCUCAGUUUGCAUCGUGGUAAGUUGCAUUUGAAUUUAGUUUGGUAAGUAAAUUCAUUCAAUUUCAACUCAAAGCGAGGGAUCCUCUUUGAAAACAAAGUGCCACUUGCAUUCAUGAAUUGAAUUUGAAAGGGUCUACUGAAUUGAAAUGCUAUUGACCCCAACCUUGAUCGCUGUGUCCAGAAGCCAGAAAAAUAAAUUUGAGUGGUGCUUGUUUGAAACUGGAAUGUCAUACUCUGGUAUGUAUGCUCUCCGCUGCCUGUUGAUUAGAUAAUUCAUAUCCUAUUUGUAACUUUUGAGAAGACACCCACAGAACUCAAAUGAAUGAUUCAUUACAUUUCUUUAGACUCACCCACACUCUUGUACAUAAACAUCCCCCCCCCAGCCCUUGCUGGACCUGUGCUUGGUUCAUGUAGAAAUAGACAAAGAACCUCACCUGUUCCCCUGGAAGAUUCAAGUGCCAUCCACUCUUGUCUUACACCAGGUCUUACGCUCAAAUUCAAUUUGACGCACAUUAUAGAGUGCUGUCAACAAUGCACCUUUUUUAAAGGCAAUGUUACGGCAUUUUGCGGAAGUUGCAUUCAUGGUAAAUGCUUAAAUAUGUCACACGUGCUCCAACGUGUUUCGGAUUAAAUAUCAGCCUUUUAUAUCAGCCUUUUUCGGGGAUCUGAAAGAAUGUAACCUGAUGUGGUAGCCUAGUGGUUAAGAGCGUUGGGCCAAUAACUCGAAAGGACGCUGGUUCGAAUCCCAGAGCGGACAAGGUAAAACAUCUGUCGACGUACCCUUCAGCAAGGCACUUAACCCUAAUUGUUCCUGUAAAUUGCUCCGCAUAAGGUCUGCUAAAUGACUAAAAAUGUAAAUGUUCAACCUUCAUGUUGCUUUAACUUAUCCUGUGACUUCAAAUGUUUGUAAAUGAAGAGAUGAGGAAAGGAAGCCACUCUACACUAUUGAAAUGCAACCCCAGUGUCUCACAACACAAGUGGCUUCUUGUAUGUGUAGCCACUUCUGUUUCUCAUAUUGUUUUUGCAAGCUACCGCUCCAAACCUUGCUACUUUUCUGAAGGGAUGUCAAUGUGUGGAAAUAUGCGGAAUGGAAAUUGCAUUGUUAAUUCUUCCUUAAUUUGCUUUUUCAUCCUUUUGCUUUUGUUGUGAUAAAUCACCUUGUGUAUAAUUUAUUUUGUGUUUGAGGAGAAUAUUUAACAGAUAAUGUGACUGCUCUUUGUCUGAUAAAUGCCUUCCAAACGUGUGUGUGUGUGUGUGUGUGUGUGUGUGUGUGUGUGUGCACAGAAGUAUAUGAAACAUUACAUUUUUAUGUCAAUGCACACAUGCUAAGAAUAUGGUUUAAAUACAGACUUUAAAUUGA